CACCCACCUCCGGCGAGCAGCUGCUCCGGCAACCUCCACGCGCACCUCUCUCUCUCUCUCUCUCUCUCUCUGCUCCGGCGAGGCUCUCGCGCGCACGGAAGCGUCGGUUAGAGCAGUGCCCUGAUGGCGACCGACGUGGCAGCGGCGGAGCCCGAGGUGGCGGCCGAGGAGACCGCGGCCGCGCCGGAGACCACGGCCACCGCCGGGGACUCCAAGCCGGCGAAGGAGGCCAAGGCCAAGGCCAAGAAGGCCGCGGCGCCAAGGAAGGCGCGCUCCAACGCCGCACACCCGCCGUACGCCGAGAUGAUCUCGGAGGCGAUCACGACGCUGAAGGAGAGGACUGGGUCGAGCCAGUACGCGAUCGCCAAGUUCCUCGAGGACAAACACAAGGACCACCUGCCGUCCAACUUCCGCAAGCAGCUGCUCGUCCAGAUCAAGAAGCUCGUCGCCGGCGGCAAGCUCACGAAGGUGAAGAACUCCUACAAGGUGCCGCCGACGCGCGCCCCCGUCGCGGCCAAGCCGAAGGCGAAGCCCGCCGCCGCCAAGCCCAAGCCGAAGGCGAAGGCCGCCGCUAAGCCCAAGGCGGCUGCCAAGCCGAAGGCCAAGGCUCCGGCCAAGCCCAAGGCCGCCGCAAAGCCAAAGGCGGCCGCCAAGCCCGCCGCGAAGACCAAGGCAGCGGCGAAGCCCAAGUCUCCAGCCAAGCCAGCCGCCAAGCCGAAGGCCGCCACCAAGGCGAAGGCCAAGCCGGCCGCGAAGCCGAAGGCCAAGGCCGCCCCCAAACCCAAAGCCGCCGCCGUGACCAAGACGAAGGCGACCUCCGCACCCGCCCGGAGGCCGGCCAAGGCGGCGAAGACCUCAGCCAAGGACACCCCCGGGAAGAAGGCGGCACCAGCAGCCAAGAAGCCCGCCGCAGCGGCCAAGAAGGCUCCCGCCAAGAAGGCCGCGCCAGCGAAGAAGGCCGCCGCUCCGGCGAGGAAGGUGCCGGCCCGGAAAGCCAAGAAGUAGAGCUCCCCGGCCGAGUGAUCUAGGGCUUCAUGGUUGUUUUUCUUAGCUGUUUCUUUUUCCUUUCUUCUUAGUUGCGAGGAGGGCCGAGGGGUACUAGCUUGUAAAUUUGAUAUCGAGGCGGGGGUACACUGGUCAUUUCGUACCCAGGGUGUGGUGCGACGAAGACGACGGCGACGGCGAGACAGAUUGUUUUAGGGCACUGUAUUUUCCGAUGAGUAGAUUGGUGGAGUUUUUAUUGUUGUGGUAACAAUCCCUGUGAUAUUUGUCGAAAUCACCUUAGCUAAAUUACGUAUUUUAAUU